UUGCCAUUUGGAUCCAUGGAUCAAUCCAUAAAUCCACCAAUCCAAUUGAAUUUGGAUCAAAAGGAUUGGAUUUAAAUGGAUUGAAUUAGGUGGAUAUUUUUAAUAGGUUGGUGGAUUGGAUUGAGAAUUGUCACCUCUACUUCCAGCAAGCCAAGUAUUGCUCAAAUUUCUCCGUGAUGUAUUUGUAAAUUGUAAGUAUCCUGUGUAGCUUUGUCAAGAAUAACCGACACGUCAAGAUACUUGUCGAGAUGUCAAUUUGUUUGAUGCCAAGUAGUCUACUGAAUUUCUCCUUUGGUGUAUUUCCUCCUGUUCUUGGAGAAGUAGAUGUAGCCCUGCUGACCUCUUCACAUGAUUAAGCCGACAAAAUCAUCAAAUAGACCAUAGCUAAAAGUGCUAACCAUAAGACACUCCAGUUGAUUAUGUCGUACGCUUUGGCCACAACCAAAAUUAUUUUAGGGUAAAGUUCAUGUCAAAUUGAAGUAUUAACUCAAUUAACUAUUAAUUUCAACGAUUCAGUGGCGAGCUAGUGUCAAAAGUAGGCUGGGAAAAUAGACCAGACCGUUAGAAAAAUCGUGGUCCAAAUCGUACCGCACAGUUUGGUCCGGACCGUAGACCGUGAAGUAUGGUCUGGUCCAUGGUCUGUAUUAUUUUAUGAUUUGAUCUCUUGGUCUGGUCUGGUCUAGACCGCGGUUUACCAGACCAAACCGUGGACCCAACUGACUUGUCAAUACGUGUUAACAGCCCAUUCGACCACUCUCCAAACUCCCACAACGACACCCAAGUCUCAACCUUAAUUUUGUGAAUCUCUUCCCUCCUUCAUUCACAACCACAUUUAACUAAAGAGUAGAGAUAAUAGUGUCUCCAUAUGACAUUAUGUUAAUGUUUAUGACGUUAUGGUGCAAGCUGAGAUGUUUUUACUUUGUAUCUUUGUUAUGUACUAAGAUUUAAAGUAUCAAAAUUAUUCAUGCAUGUUAGGAUUAAUGUUUUAAGGCAAAUAACAAUGAUUUUUCUUGGUUAUUGGUUCAAUUUUUUGUGUGGUUGACAAAACAAAUUAUUCAUUUUUCGUUGAGUGUGGUAUAUCUGGACCUGACCAGAUCGAACCAGACCGCACAGGCGGGGUCUGGACCGGACCGUAUAGUCUGUGAUCUGAUCUGUGGUCUAUACUUUAGCCUCUUGCUCUGGACCAUAUACUGUUUCCCAGCCUAGUCAAAAGCGUCGUUUUGGCUGUAAAAGUAUGGAAUUUUUCACGAAUUACAAAAUCAAUGAAUUAGCUUGUGGGAAUCGAAUGAAAUUCCACAUUUGGGAAGUUAAUGCCUGCCUAACGGUUUAAGGAUGGAAAGGGCUAGUUAGGAAAUUACUAGAAGUUCAAGGGCUAAACUAGAAAAAUAAAAGAGUUCAAGGGCUAUAACAGGCAAAACAUCAUAGCUGAGGGACCAAAAAAAUGACACCUUAUAUAAAAUCCAUUUCGGUUCGAAAUUCAUGCAGCUUUGACUGAACAAUCUGUAACGUUUCAGAAAGGAGGCGCGGACAACUCUACUGAGCCUCUCUUCUUCUUCGUCGUCUGAGCGCCAAUGGAUCCUUACGGACCGCCAUUGACAGAGCCCUUAACCCCACAAGAGAAGCAGCUCAUGAACGAAGUCAUUUUCCUUCAUUAUCUCUGGCAGCAAGGUCCGCCCGCAACCCAAUUCACCCACUUUCCUCACCCUAACCCUAAUAUCCAUCCUCCUGCCAAUCAAUUGAGGAGGAAUCUGGGUUCUUCGACCUUCCCCAUCGUCAGUGCCGGACAGAGAAGCAAGCGCGCAAAACGGAAUCCCCAUGACCAACAACAAACUGGUUCUGGUCCCGAGUGGCCCGUCGACUCUCAGCUGCUACCUCCGCCUCCGUCCGACUCACCCUGGCCUGCUUCGAAGCCGAAUCCCGCCGGCGAAAAUGGGGAAGCGUCUAACUCCGACAAUGACGGGGCGGCGGCGAAGCUCGCGGCAAUGCAAUUGCAGCAGAAAGCUGCCGAGAGAUUCAAGGAGUUCCUCGUCCGGAAAAGGCUUGAUUGUGAUCCCGGCUUGGAUUGUGGCGAGGAAGGAGAAGAGGGUGAGCCUCUCGGUUCCGCGAGUGAUGUUCAGGAGAGCGAGGAAUUUAAGUUCCUGCUGAGUUUGUUUGUGGAAGACCAUGAACUGAGGCAGCUCUAUGAGAAAAAUCAAGAAAAUGGGGAGCUUUGUUGCAUCGUAUGUGGAGCAAUGGGGGUUAACGCGAGGAGAGCGUUCAAGAGCUGCACUACCCUUGUUCACCACGCCAUGCGGCUUACAAAGACGAAGCGGCAACGAUCCCACAGAUCUUUUGGCCAUGUUAUUUUCAGGGUUUUUGGAUGGGAUCUCAGCAAGUAUCCUGCAAUUGUUGUCAAGGAUGAACCUCUUGGUCGUUCUUUACAGAAUUUAGGCGCCAACCAGGGAACCCAGCUGUCACAUGUUUCUGAUGCUCAGUGGCCUGCUUGGGAUCCUCAAACCAGUUCAGUGAAGACAGCGAAUUCUACUGACGAGCCUGCGAUGCUUGCUGAGGUGCAGUUUAUGCAGAGGGCAUUGGUUGAAUGUAAAAUGUUCUUUAUGGAGACAUCUAAGUCGGUCAGUGAUGGCGACGACGAGGAAAGUGAAGAUGAUAAUGAGCUAGACAACAAGGAUGUUGAUGAGUUGAGUUUCUUUAUGAAAUUGUUCACAGAGGACAGUGAGCUGAGCAACUAUUAUAAAAGCAAUCAUGAAGGUGGGGACUUUUGUUGUUUGGUCUGCUGUGCUAUUGGGAAGAAGGGUUGGAGAAGGUUUAAAGGAUGUCUAGGGCUUCUCAAUCAUGCUGUGGCUAUAUCAAAGACGAAGAAAAAGAAGGCGCACAGGGCGUUUGGUCAGGUUGUUUGCAAGGUCCUUGGUUGGAAUUUCGACCGGCUUCCAAUGAUUGUGCCUUGUACAGAAUGUCCACAAGAAGAGAGUAUGGCAACGUCAAGCAAUCUGCAGUGUGAUCCGAAGAACCAUGCUCAUUUCAAUAGCGAAAGUUUCCAUGAUCCAGACAGCAAAGUGGAAUAUGUUUCUGCGAGGAAUGGCGAAUUAACUUGUGAAUUAAAUUCUAAUUCUCAUCAGAACCAGAGCAUAGAGAUGGCCAGCAAGACUUGUUUGGUUGAAGGCGAUGCCACUGGUAACCUCGGCGGAGGGGACAGCCAAGAUGCACAAGUAAGCAAUCCAUCUGUAGACCAUCCCUCCGCAAACUGAUCUGAAGGAAUGAGGUAUGGAUGGAGAUAAAAUGAAGAAAUUGGUUGGCAGAUCACAGCUGAGACACUGAUGGUGGGAAGAUUCAUGGAUGCUUCUGUUUCUUCAUCUAGAGCAGACGCAGGCAGGUACGCAGCAGGAUGAGAAAGCAAAAAGAGUUGAAGGUUGUAAAUUAUCAGUGGGAUAAUUGGUCUUUUAAUGCCACUGGAUUCCCCAAACCAUACAUCACUCAUGCCUGCAUCUGCUUGAACCAUCAGAGCAUGCGAUAAACUCCAUGCUAUGCUUCCUAGCUAAGAGGAAUGGCUACCAUCUUAUACUCGUGCUUAACAGGAUGCUGUAAAGUGAAGUUCCAAAGGAUGUUUUCUAUGUUCAAUCUAGUUGGUGGAGUGCAUAGCAUAAACUACUUGGGAGAAGGUAUACCAUGCAAUGAACUAAGCGAUUUUUAUACAAAGUUGUGGUGUUUUUACAUCAGCUUUAUGCUUCAUUCCUAUCCAAAAUUGUACAGAUCCAUUUCAUAACAUGGACUUGACGCACAGUUCAGGUCGAGCGCAUGAUCGUUCAAGCAUGAAGCAUUGAGAUAAAGAACUCAGAACUUCCUUGCAGUCACUGUAAACGAUAAAAUACCGACUGAGUAGAACUCGGGAUAGCACAAGCACGGAUAAAAAAGAUUAAAGAUU